GGUUGCAGGAGCCGGCCGCGUCAUCCCUGGAUGGGCGGCGCACUGACGGGAGGACGGAGGGUGUUUUCCAGCUUUAAAAGCACCGGAGCCGGCCCCUCUGACAAACCGCGCUGCGUCAUCGACCUGGGGACACUCUUGAAAAAGCUUCAUUGGGCUGAAAGAGCUCAAACUCACCUCAGCCACGGUGCCCCUCAGCAGCCUUACCUGCGCCGGUCUCCAGAUCCUCCAGCACACGAUUUGACCGGGUCCGUCUGGUGCGCACGGUCCACUUACGCGUAAACUCGCUUCGCCUCAACUCCGCUAUGAAUUAUGCUUUCAUCUGAUGCUGUGUGAAGUAAUCUAGCGCUUGAAAUAUUGCCAUCGGCGUUGCUCGUUCCAGAGAAAGUUGCGCAUCGCUUGUUGAAUGCAGGAUUCCUUCUGCCUGAGUGUCAAUUCCAAGUUCAGCUUUGGAGCCGGUAAGGAGCGGGGAAUCCACUUUCUCGCCGAUAUGAAGUCUGCAGAAGAAGAUGCAUACAGCUACACACCAAAUGUCAGCUUGUCCCUUCCACUGGGCAUGGGCAACCCCUGUCUGGCCACCCAGUACCACACCCUUCAGUCAAGCCCAGUCAUCUCAGUUUCUUCCUGCCAUCAGACAAGCUACAGCCUCCAGAAUGAUAACCAUGUAGCAUCAGGCUAUUACCUGCCCCAUGGCCUGAGACCCAAUGGGGCCCCAGCAUUGGAAAGCCCCCGUAUUGAGAUCACUGCCUACAGCCAGUACCCCGAGGAUGAGGUAGAAGAGAGCAGCAGUGAGGACCACAUCAUCAAACGUGGCGUCAACUCCAUCGUGACGCUGACACUGCCCAAUGCAGAUGGCUACCGUGAUCCCACCUGCCUCAGCCCUGCGAGUAGCAUCUCCUCACGUAGCUGUAAUUCUGAGGCAUCCUCAUACGAGUCCAGCUUCUACAACUACGACAACUCCCCGCAGAACUCCCCAUGGCAGUCUCCCUGUGUUUCUCCGAAAGGCACACCCUUACUCUUGUCCUGCCCACAUGCCAGCGGCCCCGCAACUUCCCCACAGCAUUCACCUUCCACCUCCCCUCAGAUUGGAGCUGUGGCCGAGGAAGGCUGGCCAGCACAACCUCGAGGCUCCAGGCCGAACUCCCCUUCCUGCAGCGGAGGCAACAGCGGUGGCAUGGGAAAGAGAAAGUACAGCUUCAAUGGCACCCCUUACCCCCGCCAGACAUCCUGCUCGCCCAUCCAGUCGCCCACUCCAUCCCCACAUGGCUCCCCCAGGGUGAGCGUCACAGAUGAGAACUGGCUCGCCAACACCAACCAGUACACCAACUCUGCCAUUGUGGCCGCCAUCAAUGCUCUAACCACGGAUGGAGUGGUAGACAUGGGAGAGGGAAUCCCGAUCAAGACGCGGAAGACCAUGCUCGACCACUCAUCCUCGAUGAGCUUAAAGUUGGAGCCUGGUGGCGAAGUGCUAGGCCCAGAUGGGGAGCUCUGCCAUGAGGACUACCCCUCCCGCCUGGCCCUCAAGAAGGAGAACUACUGUGGAGGGUUCCUUGAUGUGCCCCAGCAUCCAUACUCCUGGUCUAAACCAAAGCCAUACCUCAGCCCUUCACUGCCAGCUCUGGACUGGCAGCUUCCAUCCUGCUCCGGCCCGUACAACCUACAGAUCGAGGUGCAGCCAAAGUCGCACCACAGGGCCCACUAUGAGACCGAAGGCAGCCGAGGGGCGGUGAAGGCGCUGAACGGUGGCCACCCUGUAGUGCAGCUUUAUGGCUACAUGGAGAGCGAGCCGCUCACCCUGCAGCUGUUCAUAGGGACCGCAGACGACCGCCUCCUGCGACCACAUGCCUUCUACCAGGUCCACCGCAUCACCGGCAAGACCGUCUCCACCGCCAGCCACGAAGUCAUGCAAUCCAACACCAAAAUCCUGGAGAUCCCUCUGCUGCCUGAAAACAACAUGAGAGCCAUAAUUGACUGUGCAGGGAUCCUGAAGCUGCGCAAUUCGGACAUCGAGCUUCGCAAAGGGGAAACGGACAUCGGCCGUAAAAACACGCGUGUAAGGCUGGUGUUUCGAGUGCACAUCAACCAGCCCAACGGCAGGACAUUGUCCCUGCAGACUACUUCCAACCCCAUUGAAUGCUCCCAGCGCUCAGCUCAGGAGCUUCCAUUGGUGGAGAAGCAGAGUGUGGAUAGUUACCCCGCCACCGGCGGCAAAAUGAUGCUUCUGACUGGCCUCAACUUCCUCCCUGACUCCAAGGUGGUGUUUGUGGAGAAGGCGCAGGAUGGGCAUCAUCUGUGGGAGACAGAAGCCAAAGUUGACAAGAACUCCGUCAAAAAUAGUUCUCUUGUUGUGGAGAUACCGCCCUACAGGAACCAGAGAAUAUCCAGCCCGGUGCCGGUCAACUUCUACGUCUGCAACGGCAAGAGGAAGAGGAGCCAGUGCCAGCGCUUCACCUACCUGCCGCCCAAUGUGCCGAUAAUAAAGACAGAACCCAGUGAUGAAUAUGAUUCUCUGGGGACUGCGAGACUGCCCAUGCAUUCAAAGCCCUAUUACAGCCGGCUGACUCCCAUCAUGCCUGUAGCCGAUCCUGAUGCCUGCCUGGUUGGUGGCUACCCUCCCUGCCCGCCUCGCCACGCCGCCAUGCCGUCAGCGUCCCCCAGCUCCAGCCCCACCCUGCAUGACCUGUCCCCCGUCGCAUACAGCAAGUGCCUCCCCAACAGCCCCACUCAUGCAGCACCACCAGGCCCCGCGGUGCCCCACAUCCAGGACCUCACCCAUCCAUCAUCGCCAGAUCACAGCUCUUCCCUUGGGAUGCUGCAUUCCCAGGGGAGCCCCAUCCACCUCAACAGUCCAGGCCCCCAUGGGUACCACCCUAUCUAUGCCAACAGCAGCCCCUCAUCCUCCCCGGUAUCCCACCCGUCCACUCCCGGUGGUACUGCGGAGAGCCCGUUGAUUCAGGCCUACAGCCCCAGUCAGGCUCAGGCAGCAGCCAGCUCACCCAGCAUGUUGCCUGAGGACAGCAGCCCCCCGUCGAUGGCCGUCACCGUCAAACAGGAGCCCCAGGAACUGGACCAGAUGUACCUAGAUGAUGUUAACGAGAUCAUCAGGAAUGACCUCUCCAGCAUUUCUGUGCACACUCACGCAUAGACGACCAGAAGCCUCCUGCAGCAGUGCACACACACACACACACACACACACACACACACACACACACACACACACACACACACACACUCAAACAGCAGCAGCAGCAUCGACAAAAAAAAAAAAGAAAAAAGAAAAGAGGACAAAUUAAAUACCACCGAGAGAUCCAGACGAUGAAGAAUAAAGUUUUGACCGGGAUCUCCCACCUGACCAUCAGCUCCUCGUCACCGCAGAGACCGGCUGCAGACUCUCACAUUGACAAUCACUGGCGAGCUCCAUUUGAAUAAACAGAUGAAUGUUUCUUAUUUACAAAAAAAGGGAAGUGAAAUCAGGGGCAAAGUAAAUGACUACACUUGCCUUAAAAUUCACACCAGAUGUUCUUUAGUGGACCAAACAGCUCAAUGAGACUGAUCUGUCGUCGACAAUCUCCAUUUUUUUCGAGUGUGAUCUAUAUGUUAAUGCAUGGACGAGCUAACGGGACAGUUAGCAGGUGUCGCGCUUCAACACUUUGGUUCAUUUGUUCGUGCCGUCAGUCCGCAAAACAACCGAAUCGGUGCCUUACAGCAGUGAUACUGACAGCAAACAGCAGCAGCAGCAGUCACACGAAUGCAAACUGUUGGUUGCGACCCAAAGUGGAAGUUUUUAUAUGAGCUUUUUGUAUCAUUUCAACGAUUUGUUUACAGGGAAACAGAAUAAAAAGGCUGGAAAAAAUAUGUAGGGAAUAUGUGAAUAGAUUAGAAUUGUAUUUUCUUCCUGCUUCCUCAUUAUUAUCUCAUCGUUCAUUUAUACUGAAUGUUAUUGUAUGAUAUUCUUUUGUAUAAACACGUAUUUGAAAAUGUACUUACACUUAUGUAUGCCUUAUGCUUAUAUCAUGCAGUUUUGCUAUUUAGCUUUCUUUUCCAUUUGUCCCCCCCAAUAUGAUUUGUACCAUUUCUACUACCCUUGCAUUAUGCUUUUCACCUUGGUGCCUAUUUUUUUUUUUUUUUUUUAUCAUCCUGUCCCCUGGUCUUCCAGUCCUUCCAACCAACCCGUGACAUAAUGAUGCACAGACAAUCAGAGAAAUAUAUAGAACAUAUCCUAUGACAACAGUUCCUGGUCGCGGGGGCUUAUAAAGGCAGGUAUCAGAGAUUUCUUCUCCCCCAGCUAUAAGAUGUAGUUGAACAACGGUAUGCUUACCUGCUGAAUUUAAUUGAGAAAUACUCGUGGACAAUGAUAUACUUGUCUGUUACUUCUUGCACUGCAGGUUUGCUUGUAAAUAGGCACAGGGAUAAUCUUAAGUAUGCCACAGGCUCAGUUGUACUCGUCAUCUGGGUGAUUCCACUGAGGAGUUGGCAGGACUGUUACUUACUGUUGGCAAUAAUUGAUCUGAGUAAACCAAAGGAUUUUAUCUUUGGUGAAAUUAUUGUCCGAGUUUCCUUUUUUUUUUUUUCCUGACGGAGACUUUAGCGUAGAGCCGCUCCCCGUACAAAAGAAACAUUAUGCACUUUACCGUAGAAACAGAGCAGAUUUUUCUUGCUUCCAGACCAAAUAUUGUAGAUUGACUUCCACUGUUGUGUCAUAAACUUACCCACGCCGACUCUUCUUGCACACAGCUGCAGUCUUUCCCAUGUUACCUGUCUUUCGGAGCAUGCACAUCGUAAUAAUGUUGGGGAUCAUUUAGCUGACAGUAGCUUACAAUAUAGCUUCCUAAUAGAUUUUUCAACAUAUAGUAUAAUAGCAUGAAUAAAGUGUAUAUGGAUAAGGUUUCUAUUUUGUGCCUUACGCUCUUUCUUGGCUACAUGAUGGUUGCAACUCUAUAAUGCUUUUCUGUGUAGGCACAAUGGUGAAACAUAUUUCUCUUUAAUAUGAAAUAUUUAUGAAAAAUGAAAUGUGUUUUAAAUGCAUUUAAUGUGUUCUCAACAAUGAAUUAAUAAAUUGCAUAAUGG